AUGGUCAAAGAAACAAAAUUAUAUGAUCUAUUGGGUGUCAGCCCCUCAGCCAACGAUCAAGAGAUAAAGAAAGGUUACAGAAAAGCUGCAUUACAGUAUCAUCCAGAUAAACCUACUGGUAACACAGAGAAAUUCAAGCAAAUUUCAGAAGCUUAUGAAAUUUUAAGUGAUUCCAAUAAGAGAGAAGUUUAUGAUCAAUAUGGUCUUGAAGCUGCUAGAUCUGGUGGUCCAUCAUUUGGUGGUGCUGGUGGUGCAGGUGGGUUCCCUGGUGGAGCUCAUUCAUUCAGUAAUGAUGAUGCUUUUAAUAUCUUUUCACAAUUCUUUAGCGGUGGUGAUCCAUUUGGUGGACACAGUGCUGGUGGAUUUGGUGGUAUGCCUGGUGGAAUGGGCGGUAUGGGCGGAAUGCCAGGUGGUAUGGGAGGUAUGCCAAGUAUGGGAGGUAUGGGAGGUAUGCCAGGUGGAUUUAGAUCUGCUACAGGAGCUUCACAACGUCCUGAAGAAGAAGUUGUUACAGUUAAUUUGCCCGUCAGUCUAGAGGACUUAUUCACAGGUAAGAAGAAAUCAUUUAAAAUUGGUAGAAAGGGACCAGGUGGGAGUCAAGAAAAAAAGCAAAUUGAUAUACAAUUAAAACGUGGUUGGAAAGCUGGUACUAAGAUCACAUAUAAGAAUGAAGGUGAUUUCAACCCACGCACAGGAGGUAGAAAGACAUUACAAUUUGUUCUACAAGAAAAGGCACACCCACUAUUUAAGAGAGAUGGGGAAAAUUUAUUGUAUACAGUACCAUUAAGCUUCCAAGAGUCUUUAUUAGGGUUUUCCAAGACAGUUCAAACCAUUGAUGGUAGAUCAUUAUCAUUAUCUAGGACUCAACCGAUCCAACCAACAGAAACUACAACAUAUCCAGGGCAAGGUAUGCCGAACCCUAAAAACCCUAACCAAAGAGGAGACUUAAUCAUAACAUACAAGAUUGAUUACCCAAUUUCAUUAUCAGACGCUCAAAGGCAAGCCAUCCAGCAAAACUUCUGA